CAAAUAAAUGCACUUUUUACCAUCUCUCAACUACCUACCUUUUACCAUUGUCGCUCAAUUUUACAUACAUAACAUUUUAAAAACAUAAAUUUGUCAUUUUAUCUUUAAUUUUAGAGAAAACAUCAAGUCCCGGUUGCACAAAAGCCUGUUAGAUUUUAACCAUGAUUAAAUGCAACAAGAAUCAAUCAGGGAAGCCUUCAUCUCUGAUUGGUUCUCGUGGCCUUUAAUCUUGAUUAAUAUUAAACAUCCUUCUGUGCAACCGAACUCACAACUUUUUCCAUAGAAAACUGAUGUGUAGCCAGCAUUAAAUUUUGUUACAAAAUUGUGGCAGCUGGAUAACUUAGAAAAAAGAAUAAAUUUAAUGAAUUUCAACCAGCUGCAAAUUAGAAACAUGAAUGCUGGUUGCUAAGCUAUUUUCUUAUCAAAUCAAUCAAAUUCUUGUAGUGUUCAAAAGUAUGCUGGUAUAAAUUUCAAGUGAUAUUCACACAAACUUUUUAAACUUUUUUUGGAAGUAGGACAAAAUUUAAAAAGUACUAAACAUGAGGGAAUGCAUUUCAGUACACGUUGGCCAAGCCGGCAUCCAGAUUGGCACAUCUUGCUGGGAGCUGUAUUGCCUGGAGCACGGCAUCGAGCCGGACGGCAGUAUCAAAAAUUCUGAAAAAUCAAACGUCGACAAUUGCUAUGACACAUUCUUCUUUGAAACAGAACGCGGCAAGAAAAUACCCCGAGCAACUCUGGUUGACCUGGAACCAACAGUCAUUGAUGAAGUGAAGAAUGGUCACUACAAAGAUCUGUUCCACCCUGAACAGCUGAUUCGAGGCAAGGAGGAUGCAGCCAACAAUUAUGCCAGAGGCCAUUACUCGGUGGGCCAGGAGAUCAUUGAAAACGUGAUGGAUCACCUGCGCAAGUUGUCCGACAACUGUUCUGGACUGCAGGGGUUCUUCGUGUUCCACUCUUUUGGAGGCGGGACCGGGUCCGGGUUCAGUUCUCUGCUCUUGCAGAAUCUUUCUGAUGUCUAUGGCAAGAAGAGCAAGCUGCAGUUUGCUGUCUACCCUGCACCACAGGUAUCAACAGCAGUAGUGGAGCCUUACAACGCUGUGCUAACCACGCACAAUUCUAUGGACAAUGCGGACUGCGCCUUCAUAGUGGACAACGAGGCGAUCUACGACAUAUGUCGGCGCAAACUGGGCAUUGAGCAUCCUGCCUAUAUCAACCUUAAUCGGCUGAUUGGUCAGGUGGUGUCGUCCAUCACAGCCUCGUUGCGAUUUGACGGCGCCUUAAAUGUGGACCUGACUGAGUUUCAGACAAACCUCGUUCCCUACCCAAGGAUCCACUUUCCACUGACCGCUUAUGCGCCCGUGUGUUCGGCGGAUAACGCUUAUCAUGAAGGCAUGUCAGUGGGCGAGAUCACGUCGGAGUGCUUUGAGCCAGCCAGUCAGAUGGUGAAAUGCAACCCGCGUGACGGCAAGUACAUGGCUUGCUGCCUGCUGUAUCGCGGCGAUGUGGUCCCCAAGGAUGUCAACAGCGCCAUAGCCGCCAUCAAGUCCAAGGCCAACGUGCGGUUUGUCGACUGGUCGCCCACUGGAUUCAAGGUUGGCAUCAACUACCAGCCACCGACAGUAGUUGCAAACGGCGACCUAUCUCCGAUGCAGCGCGCCGUGUCAAUGCUGAGCAACACGACGGCCAUCUCGGAGGCGUGGAGCAAACUCAACCACAAGUUCGAUCUGAUGUUCAGCAAGCGCGCCUUCGUGCACUGGUACAUCACCGAGGGCCUCGAAGAGGGAGAGUUCCAGGAGGCCAGGGAAGACUUGGCGGCGCUUGAGCGGGACUACGACGAGGUGGCGGCCGAGUCUCAGCAGAGUGGUGACGAGUAUUGACUCGAGCCACCUCGCGAGGCUGCCGAGUCUCAGCGAGCGGCGACGAGUUUUGACUCGAGUCACCUCGCGAGACUACGAGAAGGUGACUGUCGAGUCUCAGAUGCUACGACGAGGUGCCAGCUGAGUCUCAGCAGAGAGGCGAUACCUCGAUACACCUUGAAGUUUUGUCUCGACCCACCUCGGAGUCUUGACUUGACCAACAUCGGAGAUUUGACUCGACACACCUCGUACCUUUCAGUAUUCCAAUGGUCUUUGGAAAACACGAACAUGAUUCAACAUGAAUCACUUUGUACCUCUUAGUAUUUCAAUGGUCUUUAAAAAACUCAACAAACUAAUGCUUGUCCGCUUGUCUUGUCGAACAGUUCUGUUUCAAAAAUAUCGCAAAAUUAAAUGUUUUGUAAUCUAGCUUCAAUGUGGAGCAUCUUAUCUAAGACAAAUAAAAUUAUUUGUAUUUGGCUGAAUAAAAAGUCUAGAUUUUAAAAAAAA